GCGCGAACUCAUUCGUCUCGCAACCGUCGCUUGGGACGGGCGUGCGCUAACCUUGUGAAACCGUCUCCCGCGAGACGGCGUGCCUUGUGACCGACCGUGUACGAUCUUCGUAGUGUAAAAAUAAAGCCGGCGACAGACGGCGGUGUCGGUGCGAAGUUAUAUUUAAAUGAUAGCACGAACGCGAGGAAGAUCUACCUUCGGACUCGGACGCUCGCCGACAUGAGACUAAGUCGGGGCAUAGUGUGCGAGUGCGCAGGCGCGGGCGCGUGCCCGGGCGGCGCGGCUCGCGGCACGUGCUUCACGCAGCCCGGCGGCUACUGCUUCGCAACCGUGGAAGAGGUGCUCGAUGACUCGGGUCGACUCGACCUCGAGCGCACCGCCGGCUGCCUGCCGCCCGACGAGUCUGGGUUCAUGCAGUGCAAAAGUUCACAAGUGCCACACCAGCACCCGAAGGUGAUCGAGUGCUGCUCGGAAGCGGACAUGUGCAACACGCGGCUGCAGCCCCAGCUGCCGGAGCCGCCGCCCGAUGUGACGGAGGCGCCGGGCCUGCGCCCGCCUACCCCCGCCAGCCCCACGCUGCUGGUCGCCAUCGCGCUCUGCGUCGCCCUCCUCGCCUUCAUCGCCGCUUUCCUGCUGCUGUUCCGGCGCCGGCGUCGCGGCUGCAAGCGCCCCCCCUCACCGCCCGCCGCCGCACACUCCGCAGACAUCUCCUCCGGCUCCGGCUCCGGCCUGCCUCUUCUCGUGCAGCGCACCGUCGCCAAACAGAUACAAAUGGUCGAAUCCAUCGGCAAGGGACGCUACGGCGAGGUCUGGCUCGCGAGGUGGCGCGGAGAGAAAGUGGCCGUCAAGGUGUUCUUCACCACCGAGGAGGCCUCGUGGUUCCGAGAGACGGAAAUCUACCAGACGGUGCUCAUGCGACACGAGAACAUCCUCGGCUUCAUCGCCGCAGACAUCAAAGGCACCGGCUCGUGGACGCAGAUGCUUCUCAUCACGGACUACCACGAGAACGGGUCGCUGCACGACUACCUGCAGACGGUUGUCCUCGACACGCACGCCCUGCUUACCAUGGCGUACUCCAUCGUGAGCGGGCUGGCGCACCUGCACAUGGACAUAUUCGGCACGAAGGGCAAGCCCGCCAUCGCGCACCGCGACAUCAAGAGCAAGAACAUCCUGGUGAAACGCAACGGGCAGUGCGCUAUUGCGGACUUCGGGCUGGCGGUGCGGUACGUCUCCGAGCGCAACGAGGUCGACAUCGCGCCCAACACGCGCGUCGGCACGCGCCGCUACAUGGCGCCCGAGGUACUCGACGAGAAGCUCGACGUCGCCAACUUCGAGGCGUUCAAGAUGGCCGACAUGUACUCGCUGGGGCUGGUGCUGUGGGAGAUGUGCCGCCGCUGUGCAACCGGCGACAAGGCACAGCACGUGGACGCGUACGCGCUGCCCUACCACGAGCACGUGCCGCCCGACCCCUCGUUCGAGGACAUGCACGCGGUGGUGGUGGCGCGCGGCGUGCGGCCGCUCAUCCCCUCGCGCUGGCUCGCCUCCGAGCCGCUGGCCGCGCUGGCCGCCGCCAUGGCCGAGUGCUGGCACGCCAACCCGCCCGUGCGGCUCACCGCGCUGCGCGUCAAGAAGACGCUCGCCAAGUUCCACAACGAGCCCCUGGCCAAGCUCGUGUGACCCAAGUUCCUCGAUACGCACUAUUUAUUCCUUCGCGAGAGUCGAAUCGCAUUCAAAAUUCGAUCAGCAGCCCCGAGCCCCAUCGAUGUGAAAUUCUGUCUGACCACCGCUUUGUUUAAAUCUCAGUAUUGUUAAGUUUACUCGGCGCAGCGCGAGACCGCCGCGGCUCUCGAGCGCGUCUUUGGUUUUCUCGUUCCGAUGAAUUUGUAUGUAUUUUAUUUUAUCUGUUACGUUAAUUUCGUAGGUUUAAAUAUCUCGUCUUCCGUGUGCGUGCGGCGCCGCGACUUGUGAUAUGUAUCGACAAUAAGACUUUGCUUACAAAUUUAAUGUACAAAGGAAAUUUGGAAUCGCUUCAUUCGGUUCGGUCGUGUCGAGCUGCGGAGAGUCAGCCGGCGCGCUGAGGGCCGAGGCGACCCACGCCCACCUCGCUUACAUCAUGGCAGCUAUGUUUCUAAUUAAAUAAUUAUUUAAUAUUAAUUUUAUAAAAGUAUGUUUAAGUACAUCAUUUGUUUGUGAAUACGUUAUAUUGAUUUCAUUCAUUACUUGCUUGAGUUUUCAUGUCAUUGAGUGAAACUCAUAUUUUAACAAGUUUUCAUCCAAACUGUCGAUAUGGUUGUUUAUUAAGUUCCUUUAUUUUUAUGACGUCAAAUGAAAAUCCAUCGCCUCGACCCUCAACGUUAUUUAUCAGUGAAAUUGUACUUAAGUGUGUAAAAAUGUUCGGCCCCGCUCUCACCCCCCCACCUCCACGCCCGCGCCCCCCGGCCCCCGGCCACAGACAGCUGGCGUAACACCAGUACACAAAAGAUUGGUCCUUCCAAAAAAAAAAA